ACUGUAUUGUAAAGGGUACUGUGAAUCCUAGAGGAAGGGGGAGUUGAUUUGGCAAAACAAAAUCUCCCGCUUGGGUACACAUCCGGAGUCUCGACGAUCAUAAUUCACCGCACCAUUUACCUUUUAAAAUACUGAGUUUUAUUGUUUUUAUUAAUUUAUUGUAUUUCUCUUAGUUUAUGGUUUACGUUAACACUCCGGGAGGGCAGAAAUGGCGGCCAACAUGUACCGGGUCGGAGAUUAUGUAUUCUUUGAGAACUCCUCCAGUAACCCUUACCUGAUCCGGCGAAUAGAAGAACUCAACAAGACGGCCAGUGGAAAUGUGGAGGCCAAGGUGGUUUGUUUCUACAGAAGGAGAGACAUCUCCCACAGCCUCAUCCAGCUCGCAGACAAACACGCAAAGGAGUUGGAAGAAGAGAAGGAGAGCCCGGUAGAGACAGAUAUGUCAGAUAAACAGAAACACCAGCUUCGCCACAGAGAGCUCUUCCUCUCCCGGCAGUACGAAAGUCUACCUGCAACACACAUCAGGGGGAAGUGCAGUGUAGCGUUAUUGAAUGAGACAGAAGCCGUUCUUUCAUACCUUGACAAAGAGGAUACGUUCUUCUACUCGCUGGUGUACGACCCAACACAGAAAACCCUUCUGGCCGACAAAGGAGAAAUCAGAGUGGGACCGCGCUUUCAGGCAGACGUACCUGAAAUGCUACCAGAGGGUGAGGCAGAUGAGAGGGACCAGUCCAAGCUGGAGGAGAAGCUGUGGUAUCCAGAGUGUCCGCUCUCCAGCAAACAGAUAGACCAAUUCCUAGUGGUGGCACGAGCGGUCGGGACCUUUGCUCGAGCGUUAGACUGCAGCAGCUCAGUCCGACAGCCGAGUUUACACAUGAGUGCAGCCGCAGCCUCACGAGAUAUCACACUGUUCCAUGCGAUGGACACGCUGCAUCGCCAUAACUACGACCUGUCCAGUGCGCUGAGUGUUCUGGUGCCGGCCGGCGGCCCCGUGCUCUGCAGGGAUGAGAUGGAGGAGUGGAGCGCCUCGGAGGCCGCCAUGUUCGAAGAGGCACUAGAGAAAUACGGAAAAGACUUCAACGACAUCCGACAAGACUUUCUGCCAUGGAAGUCUCUGACUAGUAUCAUUGAGUACUACUACAUGUGGAAGACCACAGACAGAUAUGUGCAACAGAAGAGACUGAAGGCAGCAGAGGCAGAGAGCAAACUGAAGCAGGUGUAUAUCCCCACAUAUAACAAGCCCAACCCCAACCAGAUCUCACUGACCAAUGGCAAGAUGGCGACAGUGAAUGGAGCGGGGCCCGGGGCCUUCCAUGUAUCAGGCGGGGGCAGAGCCUGCGAGAGCUGCUAUACCAUGCAGUCGGCCCAGUGGUACUCGUGGGGCCCUCCCAACAUGCAGUGCCGCCUCUGCGUUUCCUGCUGGAUGUACUGGAAGAAGUACGGAGGCCUGAAGAUGCCUAGCAGAGCCGAGGUCCCAGAGGAGAGUACCUCCCCCAGUCCAGUACCUACUGAGCCUCGCUCUCGGGGCCACACUGCUCGCCAGUCCAACCACAUGAUACCCAUGCGAAACAGCGGCAGCCCCAAGUCCAACAUGAAGACCAAGCAGGCCUUCCUGCUGCAGGCCACCCGCCUCACCAAGCUGGCCCGGCACAUGUGCCGUGAUGUCAUCAGGCUGCGCCGCGCAGCGCGCCGGCCCUUUAUCCCCAUUAACUGUGGGGCCAUAAAGGCAGAGUGUAAGAGCUCUUUAAAUUCCUCCUAACUUCUGCCACAUGGACACACACACCUGCAGACAAAACACAACACAUGCAGACAAAACAUACACACACACACACACACACACACACACACACACACACACACACACACACACACACACACACACACACACACACACACACUCACCAACCUUCAUCACCCGAUUGCCCCACCAUCAACCCCCCCAUCUGCCCCUCCUGUCUGUCUCUUUCUGUUUUUAUUAUUAUUGUUAUUAUUAUUAUUUUGGUUUUUGUAUUUUCCCACUCCCUGUUUCCAAUAAAGACUGCCUGUCCUCAUAA